CGAAAAAGCAGUCACGUUUCAAAUAGGUUCUAGCAAGAAGGAAACACGAAACCUCCACCACACACCAGGUCAAGUAUGGCUGCCGUCAAGAUCGUCAAGAAGCACACUACGCAGUUCAAGCGUCACCAAUCUGACAACUUCAAGCGUGUCAGUGAGUCGUGGAGAAAGCCCAAGGGUAUCGAUGGCGUCGUUCGUCGUCGUUUCCGCGGUACCAUCCGCAUGCCCAAGAUCGGUUACGGCUCCAACAAGAAGACCAAGUACUGCAUGCCUAACGGUUUGAAGGCUUUCCUUGUCCGCAACGUUGCCGACGUCGAGCUUUUGCUCAUGCAAAACAGACCUUCGCUGCCGAGAUUGCCUCCAACGUGUCUGCUCGCAAGCGUGUCGAGAUCAUUGAGAAGGCCCGUGCCUUGGGUGUUAAGGUCACCAACGCUGGUGCUAAGGUCCGCUCUCAAGAGUAAAUGCAAACAUAGUCAUUUAUUCUUGUUCAAAAAAUUUCAAUGUACAUCAUAACGGGUUGUAGCGAAGUCGAAGUUCUUGGAAAAAUGGGUGGUAGGUAGUGAAGGGUGUGGAUUGUGAAUGAUGUAGCUGCGGUAGAGGUACGUCGAUGUUCGCUUUGAUCCCCAGGACAUGUUCUCUGUGUUCCAAAACUCCCUGCAGAACCUGUGCGGUAUUCACAUUGAUGCGACGGAGGGUACCUGCUUAAACAAUGAUUUCUUCGUUUCUUACAUAAUACAAGCACAAAGAACCUUUCGCGGUGAAGUUCUUCUUUUUUAACGAAUGACUUGUCCGAUAGGAACAAGCUCUUCAGGACCAAUUACCCAUUUUCGGUUAGCAAAGACACGGACGCUUGCAUCGUUUUCAGACGACGGUGCGGCAAUGGAUGACAAUCGCUGAGAAAACUCGUGCACUGUCUGUCGCAUCUGUUCAAUGGUGACGUUCGCAGCGUCGUUAGUGCCUUGCUCGUUUUCAUCUGAAACCACGAAGUGGAUUUGAUCGCCUCGGAAAGCACACAGAGGCUUGUAGCGUUUCUCCAGUUCUUCGUCCAGCGAGACCAGAUCGUCGAUAAUAAUUCGAGUGUAAGGAUCGCUCCGUUGAAGGCAUGUCUCUAAAACGGACGCGAGUUGCGUCUGUGUAAGUGUAGCAGACCGGGCCCAAGGUUGAUCAGUGUAAGCUUCCGCAACCAAAAGACUGUACCAUUUUGCAUAGAAGGAGAGUGCACUACGCGUUUCUUCAUCCUUUUCUUCAUCUUCUUUGGACAUCUUUACCCUUGUCCAAGGGUCUUCUUCCUCGGCCUUGCUGUAUUCGUCGAUUUCCGACCACAGUGCACCGAUGAGUCCGGGAAGGAAAUGCGGCUGUUCUUCGGUAAUUGCUUGGAUCAACACGAUCCACAGCUUUUGUACGCUCGGGAAUAACCGGAUGUCAUUUACUCCCGCAGGAAUCAAUGCUUUUUUUUCCAGGAAACAGUCAAUCACAUACUGAAGAUUGGUUGUUUCGAGUGCGAACGUUAAAUCAUUUUGCAACUCAUCGUUGACAAUUGAGGCAGGAAUGUAGGAGAGCCGGGUGUUAGCAAUAGUAAUAAUAGAGUCUACUACAGCGAGGGCCCGUUUCA